CACAGUCGAAGAUCGCCCUUCCAGUCCGACACAGUCGCAGUUCUUCCGAAGCAACCAAUUUUUCAAACUCGCCAACAUGAAGGUUUUCGUCUGCUUGCUGGCGGUGUGCAGUAUGGCCCAUGCGGGAUUCCUGGGCGGCGGCGGAGGAGGCGGUGCCCUCAGCUCAGGCUGGUCCUCCGGCGGAGGAGGCGGAGGAUAUAGCGGCGGCUACAGCGGUGGCCACGGAGGAGGUGGCUACGGCGGCGGUGGCUAUGGCGGCGGUGGCUAUGGCGGCGGUGGCUAUGGCGGCGGUGGCUACGGUGGCGGCGGCGGCGGCGGCGGCUCUGUUAAGGUCAUCAAGGUGAUCACCGAUUCCGGAGCUGGCGGUGGCUACGGAGGAGGCCAUGGCGGAGGCUACGGCGGUGGCUAUGGAGGUGGCUACGGCGGCGGUUCCUCCGGUGGUUACAGUGGCGGCCACGGAGGCGGCUACAGCGGCGGCGGCGGUGGAUACGGCGGCGGUGGCUAUGGCAGCGCUGGCACCGUUAAGAUCAUCAAGGUCAUCUCCGGCUCCGGAUCGAGCGGCGGCUACGGCGGCGGCUACGGCGGCGGCUACGGCGGCGGAUACUCCUCCGGCGGUUGGGCUCCUCAGGGCGGCUGGGCCCAGAGCAGUUGGUAAAUGCUCUCCGCUGGUCAACGGAUACCAAUUUGUUGCUGUUUGUCACUGACCUUAAUUGUACAUACUUCCCAGCAUUAACCAAUAAAACAGUGCAUUGUAGCAGAGCCAUUCCACUAUCCAAAACAGAAAA